AUCUUUGAAAUUGCUUUACAAAAUUGCAUUUGUUUUUUGUGCGCUUCCAUUAAAAGUGUCUCCUCGCGUGUAAACAGCCGUUCCGCACUCAGAUGCGCCGCAUUAACCCGGGAGGAUUGUGUGUGAGUGUGUUUUUACUGGGGGAAGAUUGAUGCGGUCCAGUUAGGGAGCCUGAGUGAGACAUAGACCCAUUUCAAGUGGGUUCCUCUUAUUACAGCAAUAAGUUACAGUCUGAGGGUCGGACAGCUGAGGGGAUGUCUGCUAUCCGGGCUGUUUUCACUGCAACAAACCACAAUAUCCAUAUUUAUUAUCAUAGGAAUCAGAUGAGCAGUCAACAAUUACUGCAAACUAAAUAUGUUUUGUAUUGGCCUCAUAAACAGGACGUCAAUAUAAAUUAUUUUAAAUAAUUGCUUAGAGAAACAAUACAAAUCCAAUAUGUCUUAUUGUUGAUGAACUAGCAUGGUUAUUACCUCAUUCUUUUUUAUAGAAAUACAACAUAAAAUGGAAACAAUUUUUACAUACAAACUAAUUAAUGAGGACGAUAAUGAUGUUAAAAAUCAGACCCAGAUAAUAAAUUGAAUAAUGGCGUCAAAUAAUCCUAAAUUGGAAUAAAAUGAAUAAAAUGUAAUAUUACAUUCACAUUUAUUAUGUACAAUAUAACAUCACAUUAUUUUCACACCUGCUAGAAUUUUAGAAAUUUAAUUAAAGAUAAUCGGACCUUUAAAAGUCUUAUUUUUGUAUUCAUGUAUUUGAAUAUACCAGUUGUCUUCCAUUAAAUUGCAAAUCAAACAACUUCCAAAGCAUACAGACCGUGUCUCCCAAGCCCUUCCCCAACGCAGGGUUGACCUUACAACUCCCCACACGCGCAGUCCCUCUCCUCUCUCUGGUCUACACGCCUGAAGCAAACGAAUCGAACCUCUGCUGCUGCUGAUUGCUUCUGCUGAACCUUCGGGAGAUGGUCCCAGCUCUCCCCACUCAGUGGACCAUGCACAAGUCCCAUUUCCUUAAGUUUUCACGCUGUGCCACAUAGGCCAUAUACUUCCUUGCGUCCCCGCUGCACGUUGCGGCACGAGGAGCAUAAGAGAUGAGCUGGUGCGCAGGGAGAGAUGGAGGACUACUCGCCUGGACGCCUCCUUUGUGCGGCUGCAAAGAAACCUAUUUAGUCCCAUGCGGUGGUCUAUUCACAAGGCUCCCCCUGACAUCUGCCAAGAGCCCCCCGUGCACCAGCACUGUCUGGAGGAGACGAGCGCAGAUCAAUGGCUGUCCUGUUAAUUGUAUAAUAGGCCUACUCAUGGACCACUGUUAGAGGGGCACAAUCGUUUAGGGUCCAACACGUCUGAUUCUUUUUUUUGUUAGAACCAAACAGGCCUAAAUACCUCUAAUUGCGCCCGCGUUGAUGAAAAGUCGAUGGGAGUUAAAGCGGCCGAUCACUAUCGGAGCUUAAAUCCAUCUGUGCUCGUUUAUUUAUUUAUUUCCUCGAUUUGUCUCCACAAAUCACCUGCCAUGGGGGAAUGGGAGGGAUGUUCGUUUUGUUUGUGAUCCAAGGACGGGAGGGAAGCGGGGUUCUGGAGACGGGCCUUGCGUUACCAGGCGUCUGCAUGGCGACAUGCUUCUUCCAUACCGAUCACUAACAGAAUCCCCUCAAUCUGACGGGCCUGAAAUUAUAAAACUGUAUUUCGUAGGAUUGUAUCAAGAGUUGCUUGUUCGAGAUGUGUUGUGAUUUAUAGAUAUAUGAUAAAGUAUACAGGAAAUGGAUCUUCCCUUUCUGAGUGAACCGGCUAAUUAACACAGCAGCUAUUUGACAAAUUCAACCAAUGACGAUGCUUUUUAUUUUAUUUGUUGGGUUCAACAACCGAAAACUCUGGUCUGAUGGAGCAAAAUCACGAUUUCACCUUCCAGUAUUUCCAUGUAUGUCCACAAACAAGAGCCCCGUCGUUACACAAACUAUAUGAGAUUAAAUAAACACAUUAAGAUGUCAAACCUGGAAUAAUUUCAGCAUGAAAAGCUAAUAAAUCAGAGCAAGGGAAUGGCAGAGGAUUGAAUUGAAUUGUAUUUUUUUUUCUCGUGCGCGUUCGGGGCUGUGCAUGCGCGUUCCUUCUUGCGUAUGUGUGUAUAAAAAAAGGAAAGCAGUGAAGAGGAGGGGGAGUCACGUCGCUGACAUUUGCAAGCUCCCUCUCUGAUUGGCUCUUAUUUGAAGAAGCUCACGGGUUCUUUCAACUAAUAAGCGCCUCCCCGUUGCUCUAAAGGACAUUAUAAUGCAAGGGACCACCUUUUUUUAACCACAAACCGAAUUUUCGUUCAUUUAGACGAUAUAUACUUUUUAAAUUGCCCCAAAGUUGUGGGAUUUUUUUGGAGCGCAUUUCACCCUGGAGCGGUACGCGAUGCUCUCUCACGCCGACCUCCUGGAUGCUCGGCUCGGUGAGUUAUCCUCGCUAAACUCCGGCCCUAAACUCCAGUGGAUGAAAGAUGCUGCGGAGUUACUGGGACACCGGGAGGCUCUCAAGUGCAGGCUGGGUGGUGGGGUGCCAGACCAGGGCCACCCGGGAGACAUGGUCCCCGGUUCCGACUCCGUGGAAGGAACCACCCUGCUGCCGGGAGAUGACAUCACCACCGUUGGAUCCAACUCCGGCGGCAUGACGGUGAACGGGAAGGAGCAGGAGAAGCAGCAGCAGCAGCAGCAGCAGCCGCAGCAGAGCUCCAGUCAGUCGGCCAGCCAGCAGAAACAGAAGCGGCACAGGACGCGCUUCACGCCGGCGCAGCUCAACGAGCUGGAGCGCAGCUUCGCCAAAACCCACUACCCUGACAUCUUCAUGAGGGAGGAGCUGGCGCUGAGGAUCGGCCUCACCGAGUCCAGAGUUCAGGUUUGGUUCCAGAACAGACGCGCAAAAUGGAAGAAAAGGAAGAAGACCACCAACGUCUUCCGCUCCCCGGGGACGCUCCUCCCGACGGCGGGCCUGCAGCAGUUCUCCGCCGCGGCCGCCAUGGAGAACAGCCUCUGCUCCUUCCACGCCAACGACUCUCGCUGGGCCACGGGGAUGCCGGGGGUCUCCCAGCUGCAGCUCCCGCCGGCCCUGAGUCGCCAGCCGGGCAUGCAGUCCCUGUCACAGUGCAGCCUGGGCCCGGGGCCGCCACCUAACUCCAUGGGGCUCUCCAACGGCCUUUCCUCCAACGGCUCCGGUCUGCAGUCCCACCUCUACCAAUCGCAUUUCCCCGGUAUGUCGGCCUCUCUCUCCGGCCCCACGAACGUAUCGGGCUCGCCGCAGCUGUGUAGUUCCCCGGACAGUGACAUGUGGAGAGGGACAAGCAUCGCAUCGUUGCGGCGCAAAGCGCUGGAGCACACAGUGUCCAUGAGUUUCACUUAGUGACUUUUCAAAAGAAAAUACCCCCGCCGCAGUCCUCUUCUCCCACCCCCCCUCCCCCCCCCCCUCCCCAGCCCCACCCUGCGGCUCCCUUUUCUGUUUUUAUUCCUGCUAUUAGAUCAAAACGAGAGAGAGAGCUAAUCAGGCCUGAAAUGUGAGAAAAUGGAGACUGUACUUCAUCUAGGCGUAAUGACAGGAAAAAGGACAACACUGAUGGACAAAUGGAAGAAAAAAAAAUAUCUUGGUUUGGGGUUAUUUAUCUUAAUUCAAAAGGAUUUUAUCAACUAUUGAUGAUACAUACUAUUGUAAUGCUCUUUAGACUAAAGGCCCUAAUUACUGAGCGCCAAAACAAUUGUUGUAUUUGCGUUUUCAUUGAGUGUGUCUUUACGCACACGCGUUAUUGUGUUCAGGUGAAGUUGUGUUAUGUCAAACGGUUAUUUAUAAGAUUGGGUAUACAUUUUGGUAACAGCCUACCACACACGCACCACACCGUAGGUGGGCCUAUUGAACUGGGUCUCGGGCAUGCACUGUGCAUGUGGAUUCAAACGCUUGGAUCAUUUAAGGAGAAAACGACGGCCACUCGGAUUGAAGAGGUACUUUUGUGAGGCGACCUGCAGUCUCGUCUGCAUGAGAAGGGAGCAUAAAUCUUAAGAGGAAAAAAAACAAACAGUGAUCUUUCGAUAGGCCUACGCUGUUUUAGGAUGUUUUGUGUACAUAAAACAUUCUUGCUAUGUACCCGCUGGUCUUUUUGUGACAUGUUUUAACUUAUUGUAUGUGCUAUUACUUGACACAUUUCCUAAAUGUUUGAUCAAAUGCUCCACAUUGACGGGUUUGUACCAAUUUAAAACUGAACAAACAAAUAAAAGUAAUUUUCAAGAA